UGUGACUUACCUUCUUUGGCUGUCCAGCGGAAACUUCCGCUUAGGCCGGAGGCGCUGCGCGCGCAUCCUCCACCCCCACAACCAGUCGACGCCCGCGCAGGCGCUGCUGACUUCCCAGCUACCCGCCCAGGCAGUACCUAUCUGGAACCGCAUUUCCCAGACGCCUUCGCGGAGUGGCCCUAUUCCACUCCGGAAUUCUUGCUCCUUCUACUGCGCAUGUACCAGUACGAGGCCAAUCAAGAUGAACUACAGGGCACCUCGCUACCAAUCAGAUUACAUUAUGCUUUAGUUCCUCCCCCUAUUUUCGCGCGCUGUUUCAGGAGUUUCCACUUCUUCCUCAACGGGUCUCCAUGGGAACCCUCUGUUGUCUCUUUAGAAUUGGAAAAGUUUAGGAAAGGCAGGAGUGGGUUAAGGUCCCUUAAUAGGGUAAAAGUUGGACUAAAAAACCCUGACGCCACCUAGUCCUCUUUAUUUAUCCUGCUUCCCAGAGUACUCAGCGGGGCCUCUGAGGAUGAAGAAGCGGGUGGAGCCGAUAGAUAUAGGCUCCCGCACAGCCCUCUGGGAAAUACAGUCCCGCUGCCUGGCGCGGAGGGUCCUGGUUAGAGGAGUUCGAGGCUCUUCGCUGGGCGCUGGAAGUUUCUGUGAGGAGGUGCGCGUGACCGGUUGGGUCUCCUGUUCUUUCGCAGCCCAGGACGGGAAACGUCUAUUAACCCGUCGGACAGCAAUCUCGAGGGAGACUCAGGUUGGAACUUGUCUUCCUACUUCUGGACAUUUUGGGGGCUCAUCUGGCAUGGACAAGGAGUCAGCUACAGGAGGAAGGAAGACGUUUUUACAACUCCCUUUGUGCAGCUCUACCACGCAGGAACAUGGAAGAGAAGGAGGAGGAGCUUAAAAAAAGCCACUGGGCACAGGCAACUAUGAUGGAGGAAUUUGCAACACACGACAUGGGCAUGGAUUUCACCUUGGAGGAUUGGGAGCAGCCAGGACUGGACCAGGGGGACCUGUUCUGGGACACAGCACUGGACAACUACCAGAACCUCCCUAUGCUGAAUCCCCCAAGACCCAGCCCAACAUCCCAUCCUGAUGGUGAGGAAGAGUUGGUGGCCCUGAUGAGGGGAAGCCCAGAAGGAAUGGGCCCUGGCAUGUCUGAGACCAAGAACUCCCCUCUGAAGCAGAAUUUCUUGGAAGAAGGACUCUCCCAGGGAAUUAUGGAGGUGUUUUACAAGGAUGACCCUUGGAACUCCAGACUUGAAGUCUGUCUAGAUGAGAGCUGGUUAGAUAAUUUGCAGAGAGAUCCAGAAAGUCUUCAGAAGUCUGAUGAUGUCACCAAUAAUGAAAGUACCACAGAAUCCAGCAGUCACGAAUUGAGCCACCUGAGUCCUUGCCUCCUUUCCAUAGGAGAAGACUCUGUGACGGGUGUUACUGAAAAGAGCCUCACACUAGCUGAGUCAAAGGAAUAUAGGAGUGACUUUGCCUACAGCCCAGACCAGCGGCAGCAGGAUGUUGUCCUGGGAGAGGAGAAGCCAUAUAAAUGCAGUGAGUGUGAAGAAAGCUUCAGCCACGGUAAUGACCUUAUCCAACACUGGGUCACCCACAUCAGGGAAGAGCCAUCCGAACAUCAAGAGGACCAGAGAGAUUUCAGUCUGACUUCUUACUUGAGUGUGUGUCCUGUGACCCACAGAGGCUACAGAUCCUACAUAUGUAAGGAAUGUGGGAAAACUUUCAGUCAGAAUAUGCAGCUCCAGCGGCAUCAAAAAAUUCACAGUAGAGAAAAACCGUGUAAGAGUCAAGGUGGCAACUGUCCAUCCAGUUAUCAUGGAGAGCCUAUUAAGCAUCAGAAAACUCCCAGAAGUCCUAAGUCCUACAAAUGUAACAAAUGUGACAUGACUUUCACCCAGGCCCUUCAUCUUAUUGGGCACCGGAAAACACACACUCGGAAGCACUAUGAAUGUGUCACAUGCCAGGCAGUCUUCACCUUGAGGAAACAUUUCAUCCAACAUCAGAAAACUCAUGCUGUAAAAACUACCUCAGAGUGUCAGGAGUGCGGGAAGACCUUCAAGCGGAGAUUGUCACUUAUCAAACACCAGGCUAUUCAUACUGGGGAGAAGCCUUACAAGUGUGAUGAAUGUGGGAAAGGCUUCAGCCACACCUCUACCCUGAAGAUCCACCAGAAGGUUCAUAGCAGAGAGAGACCUUACAAAUGCAGUGAUUGCAGCAAAGCCUUCUCCUGGAAAACUCACCUUCAUGAACACCAGCAGGUUCACACAGGCAGCAGACCCCACAAGUGUCAGGAGUGUGUCCGGAGUUUCAGCCGACCCUCACACCUGAUUCGACACCAGGCCACUCAUGCCAUGGAGAGGCUCUUUGGCUGUGCUGAAUGCAGUCAGACCUUCAGUAAUAAAGAGUACCUAGUGCGACACCAGAAAAUCCACACCAUCGAAGCCCCCUAUGAGUGUCUAGAGUGUGGAGAAUGCUUUGUUUGCAACUCAACCCUGAACUGCCACUUGAGUGUCCAUGCCAGAGAAAAGCAAAGAUUUGAUGGGACCAGGAAAGUUUUGGAUCAGAACCUAGGACAGAGAGAGCACCCAAGGCCUGAUGAGAAACACUUUAAGUGUGACAAAUGUGGAAAAGCAUUUAACCGCAACAGAUACCUCACUCAGCACAAGAAGAUUCACACCAGGGUGCAGGUCUUUGAGUGCAACCAGUGUGGAAAAGCCUUCAGCCAGAGGACACAGCUCCUCUGCCAUCAGACAGUGCACUCUGGGAAGAGGCCCCAUGAAUGUGGUGAGGAUGAGGAAGUUGUCCUCAGGACCUCCCUCACCAGACAUCAGCCUUCCCAAAGUGAGCACCCCUUUAAAUGUAACGAAUGUGGCAACACCUUCAGCCAAAGCACUCAUCUCUCAGAACAUCAAUUAAUUCACACUACAAAGAAGCCCUUCAAAUGUAACGAGUGUGAGCGAGUAUUCACACAGAGUAACUACCUUGUUCAGCACCAGAAAGCUCAUGUCACAAAAAAGCACUUUUUGUGUAGCGAAUGUGGGAAAAUGUUCCAUCAGAGUUCAUGCUUUUCUAAGCACCUGAGAACUCACACAGGUGAGAAGCCCUUUGAAUGUGGUGAAUGUGGGAAAGCCUUUGGCAUGAAUGCUGAACUCAUCCGACACCGGAGAGUUCACACAGGAGAGAAGCCUUACCUUUGUCAGGAUUGUGGAAAAGCCUUCAGCCAGAGCUCGUGCCUUUCUAUUCACCGGAGAGUUCACACUGGGGAGAAACCCUACCUGUGCAGCGAAUGUGGGAAAGCCUUCACCCAAAGAGCUAAUCUAACUCAGCAUGAGAGGAUUCACACUGGGGAGAAGCCAUAUGCCUGUGGUGUGUGUGGCAAAGCCUUUGGUUUCAGUGCCCAUCUCACUCAGCACCAGAGAAGUCACACCCAGGAGAAACCUUACCAGUGUCAACAUUGUCAGAAAGCCUUUAAGUGCUUUUUCACUCUCAUCCGACACCAGCGAGUUCAUGCUCGAAAGUAGCAAGCAGCAAUACUACCUGCAGCCAUUAGGUGGCAACAGAGUCCCAGACAUUCAAACAUACCUCUUAAGGUCAGAUUUGAAGCCAGCACAUUGCAAGCUUCCUCUUCUCCAGCUUAGUAAGUCUGUUAAUGAAGAUCGACUAGAAAGCUUGCACAUGAGUUUUAUUAAAACCCAAAAAUUGAGAAGCUGUGUAACAUUGGGAUUCAGAGGUAGACUCUGGAGCCAGCCUGAGUUAUAUGCCACCUGUCAUCUACCAUCCUAAGUGGCCUUGGGAAAGUCCUAAAAUGUCUCAGGGCCUCAGUGUCCUAAAAUCUGUAAAAUGAGUAUAUUAGUCACCUAGCUCAGCACUGUUUUGAGGGUUGAAUAAAUAAACGUCAAGCACUUAGAACCAAUGCCUGACACGUAAUAAGUGCUCACCUAGUGUAAGCUAUGAAUGUUGUAUAAUAUACUCUUUUAUAUUAAAAGAGAACUACUAAUCUAUUUACCUCAAUUGAUGCUCUUGAGAUUAUGCACUGCUAUUAAGUCUUUUCAAGUUUUUGUUUAGCACUUUAUUUGUGUGUGUGUGUGUGUGUGUAGUACUGGGGAAUGAACCCUCAGUCUUUGCACAUUCCUGGCCCUUUCUUAUUUUUAUUUUUAUUUUUAAAUUUUUAGACAGGGCCUUGGUAAAGCUCUUAAUUUGCCCAAGCUGGGCUUGAACUUGCAGUCCUGCCUCAGCCUCCCAGAGUGCUGGGAUUAUGGGCAUAUACCACCUUACUCUUUUUACGUGUUUAGCCUUUUCCUUUCCUCCAUCUCUCUGCUCUCUUAACAGUUGCACAGAAAGCCAAGAGCAACAUGUAAAUGUCUAAUCUUGAAAGGCUAAAACUUUCAACUGACCUUCCAGACUUCUCACAGAGGACUCCCCCUGCCCUUUCGUAACAUUCCUACAGUUCAGCCAUUGCUUAUAUAGUGGGAGACCAGCUGUGUCUGUGGAUGUUAAUGGUACUGCAAACAGCGAGAUUCAUGAACGGAUGCUGCUAACGGGGUCAGUUAGGAAAGCUGUGUUGGAUAUUGCCACUUGAAACUCAGACUACACUGAAGACAUCCCUGGUGGUGAAAAUUGGUGCAUGGAAGUGAUUACAGAACUGUUCACCGUUUAUCCAGUGUAAAUGUUCUGCUAGGCUCCAGAAGGAAUACUGAUAUGAUAACCCUGGCUCUGAGGCUGCAUCGGGAAGGGAAGUGACACAUUUUCAUAGAGGGUCGCUGUCAGUUGGCAAUUGACAUCUUUAAAAUGCCACUUCUCUCACAACCUGGAAGUUCUAGAACUACCAGGGAUUGUUGGAGAGCCCAGUGAGGAACAUCCUUCCCAUUGAAGCCCUGGGUUCAUCUUGGUCACACCUGUUCCAUUAGCUGACACCUCAUCGAACCACAUGACCAGGUCCUCAAGCUCCUUGUCAGCUCUGGGCUUUUGUGCCCUGCUCACUGAAUUGGCCCAGUCACAUUUACUGAAGGAACAGGCUUAUGAAAAUGUUGGAUUUGGACACUUAAUAUGUUCCAUACUUGGGGUGCUCUACAUUCUUGGCCUUUUUAAUCUUCACCCUGUGCUUUGAGUUCUGCCGGUUGUUUUUGUAGUUGAAAUGGGGAACUUGUUAUGUACCCUGUGAGCUUAUGCUAUAGUGCUGAGCACUGGUUUUCAAGAGGCUGAUUGCAACUCUGCACUGGGAGAUGGGCAUGUUUUAUAUGAAAGAGGUCUACCAAGUGUUGGCAGGGCAGAAACAAGUUGAUACAAAGUAUAUUCAGGGGCUGGGGAUUUAGCUCAGUGGUUCUGCCGCCUGCCUCACAAGUGCAAGGUCCCGAGUUCAAUCCCCGGUUCCAAAGAAAGUAUGUUCAGUAGAGUUUUGACACCAGUGAUAGAGAUCAGAAGCCCUGUAGGGGGCCAGGGAUGUAGCUCAAUGGUGCUGUGCCUACCUGGCAAGUGCAAGGUCCUGAGUUCAAUUCCUGGUACCAAAAAAAAGCGCCCUGUAGGAAGUUCGCAGCCAUUAGGGCGUGGUCUCUUUCAUUACCUGUGUUGUGAUUGACUAAUGUAGAAACACCUGCCACGUGUGUAUAUCAGCUGGCUGUCUGAUUAAAGUUUU